AUGAAUUCCAAAACAUGGCCAAUCGGUUCACCUAGCUCAAAGGUAUCUGGCGAAAUUGCUUGUCUUUAUCGUGGAUUGAUCGAAACAAUAGGAAGCGAUAAAUUGAUUGAAUCUACUUCACAAACAUGGAGUCAUUUCACUCACAGAAAACUUCAGUCUUCAGAUAAAACUAAUGCACCUUCUUUCAAUUUGAAUUCAGUUAUAGUUCAAUGCGAUAAAUCGAAUAAAUCCACAUAUGACUUUACAAUCAAUGAUUUAUCUACAAUGCAGCAUUGUACUAUUGAUCAUACAAAAGUUACGGUUGAAAUAGUGUCAAGUAGGGAAGCGACUGAUGAAGCACUAAAAAAUACUACCAUCAGUUCUAAACCGAAUCAAGCAAAUAAAUCUUCAACAAAAAUGAACUUUUUUCCUACUGUCCCAACUUUCAAUAAAGUAACACAAAAUCUCGAAAACUGUGCGGUGAGGAAUUCUUCAAACAAUUCUGAACUUCAAAAUGAAUUAAAAGUAGAAAACUUCAAUCAUUCAUCAACAAAUGACAAUACACACUAUCCAUAUGCUAAAUACGUUGCAGCUAUGAUUGAUGCUUUGUCUGAACGUCUUAUGGGUAAAAUAUCAGAAGAUGAUUUAGAAUUACGUUUUCAGACUUUAGAAGCAGAAGCAUCUAAAGCGGCCAAACACAAAAAUGCUCAAUCUGUUAAACGUGAACGAUUCUACUCGGUUAGUAAUGGAGCUGAGAAUUUACGUUGUCAGAAUUCCUUAGAAAAUACAACACGGGGUAAUUCAUCAUCAGAUGAAAAUAUAUUCAAUAACAUAACAGAAAGAAAUGAACUAAAGAAUAGACGAUGCCAUUCUGUAACUAAUUUUUUUGCUACGACAAAAUCAUCAGACUUACAUAAUGCAUCAUCAUUAGAAUCAAGCCAACGUAAUUUGAAAUAUUCUUGUUUAGAACAGGUGAAACGAUUACAACUUCGAAAUAAAUUAAUUGUAACAGAGGAUUUAUUAAAUCGUCUUGUAAAUCAUACAAAUUAUCCGAAUUUCGAGGCUGAUAUCCUAGAUUUAUUAGGUCGACAACCGAAUUGGCAUAGAAUCGCUAUUCUUUAUUAUCUUACUAGACGUUCAGUUAGACAUAUAUUAAAUCUACAUAUAGAAAAGUUGGAAACAAUACAAGAAUCAACUUCAAGUUCAUCAGCGUUACGUCAGUCGAUAAAUAUUAAUUCCGAUAGUGAGGAAAUUGAUGGAAGUUAUUUACAAUCAUCAGGAAGUAAAUCACCUCCAAUUAAUUUUAUCCAUCAAAUUCAACAUAUGAAACAAUAA